AUGACCUCGCCACGGCCAAACCCAGGCGCAUCUGCCUCAUCUACACAGCCCCUCACUCCGCCCGCCGAUGCGCCCUCUGCCGCGAACAAUCCCUCCCAAGCAAACAACCUACCGCCGACCGCCGCCGCCGCCAACACCUCCACCUCUACCCCAACGAACCCAGCCAACCCAACCCUCCUCCCAGCAACCUCGCUACAAGACACAGGCAAAUCCCGCCGCCCGCGCGAUGCCCGCCUCAUUCACAUGCUCCUCGCCUCCCUCGGCGUAACCGCCUACCAAGAACGCGUCCCUCUCCAACUUCUCGACUUCGCUUACCGAUACACAUCCAGCACGCUGCAGGAUGCUGUCUACCUCGCUACGGAGGGAUAUCCGGGGGAGUCUGGCGGCGGCGGUGGUACGUCUAAAGGGGGCGGGGAUGGAAAGGUGCCUGGCGGAGGAGGAGGAGCAGGGUCCCAGCAGCCUGGAAAUUUAGAUCUGAGCUCCGUCAGCCUGGGAGCACUACGGAUGAGCAUUGCGUCGCGUCUGCAUUAUCAGUUUCAGCGCGGUUUGCCGAAGGAGUUUCUCAUGGAUGUUGCGGCGGAGAGGAAUCGGAUGAUGCUGCCUGGUGUUAUGCGCGGGGUUGACGGUGGGGCGGCGGCUAGUGCGGCGGCAGCGUCGGCUGGCGGUGUUAUGAUGGGUGGGAUGAGGUUGCCGCCUGAGCGGUUUUGUUUGACGGGGGUUGGGUGGGGGUUGAAGGAGGAGUGGGAGAGCGAAGGGGAUGAUGAGGACGGGGAGAAGGGGAUGGAGAUGGAUGUUGAUGGCAAUGAUAAUAAUGGGCAGCAGGUUGCUGGGUCGGGCCAGGGGUCGUUUGCGAAGGAGGGAGGAGGAGAUGGGGAGGAUGAUGAUGAUGGGGAUGGGGAUGGGACGAUGGAGGACAUAUUUGGUGAUGACAGGUUAGAUGGGGAGGGGCGAGAUGAAGAUAAGACCAUGACGGAUGUUUGA